AUGGGCCUCUCAUACAACAUCUACCUGAACUCGUCCAAGAUCUAUGGAUGCAAGAACUGCAAGACACAUUUGUCAAACCACGAUGACAUUAUCAGCAGGAACUUCCGCGGUCAGCACGGCAAAGCAUAUCUAUUCGACAACGUCGUCAACGUCACCGAGUCCGAGCCCAACGAGCGCAACAUGACGACCGGUCGCCACAUCGUGCGCGACAUCCACUGCAGGCAGUGCAAGGAGACUGUUGGCUGGAAGUACGACAAAGCUUAUGAGGCAAGCGAGAAGUACAAGGAGGGCAAGUUCAUCCUGGAGGGUGAGCUGCUCUGCACCGUGUCAUGA